CGCUCCUCUCAAACCAAAGGAGUACAUUUGAAUUGGAGACUACAUAUCAGAGCGGUGUAGCACAUCGUGUUCGUAUGGCUCAUUCAACUCUGAGCUGAAUCUUCAGUUUGGUGUCGUUAUGGUGAGAGAUGGCAAGCUGGGUCUCCAUCCUCCUCUUCCUCUUCUGGCUGUCAGUCUCUCAAGCCCAAGGGGGUAGUGGAAAAAUCCCCACUGUGGAAUUCAUCUCUGAAAGCCUGAUUAACAAUGUGGUCCAGGACCCACAGACUGGUCGCAUCUACCUGGGAGCAGUCAACAAUAUCUUCCAGCUGAGCCCGUCCCUCCAGAAGGAGGCCCGCACUGAGACGGGCCCAAAAAAAGAUGCCAAAACAUGUACACCUCCUGCUUCAGGCUGUCAGGACACAGUGCUCAUGCCCAACAGCAACAAGCUUCUGCUGGUCCACCCGUCCAAUGGUUCACUAAUAGUAUGUGGCAGUCGAUACAGAGGCAUAUGUUCCCUCCUCAACCUGUCUAAUGUAGAACAAGAGCUGUAUUACAAUGACAACAAAGGACAGAGGACUUACGUGGCUAGCAUAGAGGAUAAUGUGAACGUGGUGAGCGUCAUGUCCAACUACACAAAAAAUGGCCGGACCUUCAAAGUGUUCCUUGUUGGAAAGGGCUAUGGAAGCCUGGACAGUACAAAACUAAUCAGCACACGAAUCCUUGAGGACUACCAGGACUGGGUUGUGUUUGAGAACAUCAUUGAGGCAUCAGCGGUACAGACGGCGCCAUUUGUCCUCAAGUACUUACACGACUUCCAACAUGCCUUCAAAGAGGAUGGUUUUGUGUAUUUCCUCUUUUCUCGGACUCUUGAUGGCACAGAUAACAAAAACUUGACUUAUGUGUCUCGUCUUUGUGAAAAUGACCAACAUUACUAUUCGUACACAGAGCUCCAGUUAACCUGCGGUAUAAAGAACCGGUACAACAAAGUCCAAGCUGCAUAUGUGGCUUUUCCAGGAAAAGAGCUGGCACGGGUCAUGUCUCAAUCUGGUAAUUAUGGCACGGUCACCUCAUUCACAAAAGUCCUCUUCAUGGUGGCUCAUCCAGAUGACGACGAAAGCGACUCUGCUCUCUGCAUGUACCCGCUGAACUCCAUCAAUCAGCAGCUGAUGGAUAUAAUCAGUGCAUGCUACAGUGACUCUGGGGAGAUUUCUGGGGUUCCUGCUGUGGACGUACCCUACUCAUCUCAAACCUACACAGCAUGCCUGUCAAAUUUGGCGAAGGAUGCAUUGGGAAACUUCAAGUGUGGUGCAGAGCAUUUGCCUUCGCCUCUGGCAAGCAAGCCAGCAUUUGCCUUAAAGGCAGAUGCAGUGUUGACCAUGUCGGUCCAUCUGACUGCUGUAACUGUUGCUGUGGAGAAUGACCACACGAUCGCCUUUUUGGGCAGCGCCAACGGAGAGGUCUUCAAGGUACACCUGAGACCAGGUGAAUAUGGCAACAAGCCGUACUCCUAUGUUGGCAACAACAUAGGAGACAAGGUCAACAAGAACCUUUUCCUUGACCAAAGCCAGAGCCACCUCUACAUUACCACAGAGAAAAGGAUCCUGCUGGAAGUCACGUGUACCAGGAGGUCUGAGUGCCGACGGGCAGAGGAGAAGAAUGGUUGGUUGUGGAGCCCCAAGCAGCAGUGUGUCAAGAUUGUAUCCUUCUCUCCUUCAAAGUGCAUGUCAUGUGUAAGCAGUCAGUGGGGAUGUCAGUGGAACACGCAGGACCACACCUGCAGCGAUGCGGACAACAGCGUGGUUGGUUCCCACAUCAUCAAGCACCGUCAGAGCGCAAACUGUCCUCUGUUCGAGAAUCCAGAUCCUGUGCUCAUCCCUGUGGGCUACAAGACUCGAAUCAGCUUUGAAGGCAUAAAUCUGAAACAUUACCAGGGUCAUCAUUUCACCAUUGGCAGUGAGCUGAUGACAAAGGAAGAAGAUGUCUCGUUUGAGGGGGGGCCAUUCUACACAUUCAGUGGCUUCAAUAUCCCGGCUACCUUUCGGUUUGUUGAAAACCCCACUGUGCAGGAUCACCAGCCCAAAGCAAGCUUUGUCUGUGGAGGGAGGAACAUUGUGGUAACCGGCUCCGGAUUUGACAUAAUCCAGACUGCAAUCAUGAAGGUCCAGGGAAGCAACUGGUCGGCUUCAGAGCUUGCCCAUGAGAAGAACGACACAGUCAUCCAGUUUCAGUCUCCAACAGUAAACGGCUCCUUAAACCAGCACUUGAAAACAGUCAUCAAGCUGGACAACUGGGAGAAGGAGCUGAAGCCCUUUCACUACCACCCUAACCCCAGCUUCAAUAAUCUACAAAACAAGAUCAUCACUGCAAACAGCAUGAUUAUCGUUACUGGUCGGGGAUUCUCCAAAGCGAUGACAACUAAAGAAGCACAAGCCUUCGUAGGCGACGUUCAGUGUGUGGUCAACACCCUUCAGGAUGAUAAGCUGUUCUUGGAACCACCUUCCACCACGCCUGGUGCUCGUACUCGCGCCAAACAUCAGCACAGAGAGACUGGGUCGGAGGAUCUGGAGCUAAUGAUCAAGUUUGGGAAAGGGGAGUGGGUGGUCGACUCGGUGCAAUACGAGAAGAAGAAUGAUUUCCCGCUCUACAUCAUCAUCCCUGCUGUCAUUGUGCCCAUGCUGCUCAUCAUCACUAUCUCUGUGUACUGCUACAGGAGGAAGAGUCAGCAGGCAGAGAGGGAGUAUGAGAAGGUGAAACACCAGCUUGAGAACCUGGAGGAGAGUGUACGAGACCGCUGCAAGAAGGAAUUCACAGACCUAAUGAUUGAGAUGGAGGACCACACCAAUGACCUGAAUGAGGGACGAAUCCCUUUCCUGGACUACAAGACGUACACAGACCGAGUCUUCUUCCUGCCCUCUAAGGACGGCGCCAAUGAUGUAAUGAUCACAGGGAAGCUAGACAUACCAGAGGCUCGCAAGGCCACCGUGAUUCAGUCUCUCAACCAGUUCUCCAACCUCCUGAACUCCAAGACAUUCCUCAUUAAUUUUAUCCGUACCCUGGAGCGCAGUCAUGACUUUAACGCCAGGGCCAAGGUUUACUUUGCCUCCCUGUUAACAGUAGCUCUGCAUGGGAAGCUGGAAUAUUACACCGACAUUAUGAGAACACUGUUGUUGGAGCUGAUGGAGGAAUAUGUCAACAGCAAGAACCCCAAACUAAUGCUGCGCAGGUCAGAGACAGUGGUGGAGCGGAUGCUGUGUAACUGGAUGUCAAUCUGCCUUUACCAGUUUUUGAAGGACUCUGCAGGCGAGCCCUUGUACAAACUGUUCAAAGCCAUCAAGCACCAGAUUGAGAAAGGCCCCGUGGAUGUCAGAGUGAAGAAAGCCAAAUACACCCUCAAUGACACAGGCCUGUUGGGUGACGACGUAGAGUACUCUGUCCUGACCUUACAAGUGCUGGUUCAAGGCGAGGGGCCGGAUGUUACGCCCGUCAAGGUGCUGAACUGUGACACCAUCUCGCAGGUGAAAGAGAAGAUCAUCGAGCAGGUGUACAGGAACCUGCCAUACUCCCAGCGGCCCAAAGUCGACAGCGUCACCCUGGAGUGGCGCCCUGGCUCAACGGGGCAGAUUUUGUCGGAUCUGGACUUGACCUCCCAGAAAGAAGGCAGGUGGAAACGCAUCAAUACUCUGGCACACUACAACGUGCGGGAUAACGCCACAUUAGUUUUGUCCAAAGUGCAGCACACGCAACAGAACUAUGACCAGAAUCAGGAAAACCACGAGGAGCGAAAUGCUUUAUUGGAAGAUGAUAAAGUGUUUCACUUGGUGAGGCCAACAGACGAACUGGAUGAGACCAAAUCUAAACGAGGAAGCAUAAAGGACAAGUCGAUGACCAAAGCCAUUACAGAGAUCUAUCUAACAAGACUCCUUUCUGUAAAGGGAACACUGCAGCAGUUUGUGGAUGACUUCUUCCGCAGCGUGCUGUGCUCUGGGGCAGUGGUCCCACCAGCUGUCAAAUAUUUCUUUGACUUCCUGGAUGAGCAAGCGCUGAAACACAACAAUGUGGAUGAGGAGACUAUCCAUAUCUGGAAGACGAAUAGCCUGCCUCUGCGGUUCUGGGUGAACAUCCUCAAGAAUCCCCACUUCAUCUUUGACGUCCACGUGUCUGAAGUGGUGGACGCCUCACUCUCUGUCAUCGCCCAGACUUUUAUGGAUGCUUGCACCAAGAGUGAGCACAAACUCAGCCGGGACUCGCCAAGUAACAAACUACUCUAUGCAAAGGAGAUCUCCACCUAUAAGAAGAUGGUAGAUGAUUACUACAAGGGCAUCAGGCAGAUGGUAUCUGUCAGCGACCAGGACAUGAACACUCACUUGGCAGAGGUGUCACGGUCUCACACAGACAAACUGAACACACACGUGGCUCUCCAUCAGCUUUACCAGUACGCCAGCAAAUACUAUGAUGGGAUCAUUGCUUCUCUGGAAGAGGACCCAGCUGCCCAGAGUAAACAGCUAGCCCUGCGGCUCCAGCAGAUAGCAGCCGCCCUGGAAAACAAAGUGACUGAUCUCUAACCCACUAAGUGGAGGGAAGAACCAAGGGAAGGGGGAAUAUCGCCAGUGACUACAGGGGCUUAUUUCUUUUUUCUUUUUUUUUUUAGUGAAUAAAUUCCAGAAAUGAGGAAAUGUGAGAAGGGACCGAUGUGGGCGUGUUUAUUGUACAACUUGGCCCUGGGGUAAUUUUCUGUUCUGUGUGGAGUAACAGACUAAUGAAAUGCAGAAAGAGAGGAGACAGGAAGAAAAUGGUGGGUUACACUGUCAUAGGUACGCCUUAAAGCUCACUUGCCAAACCUUAAAGGUCUGCGCACUCAUUCAUGCUUCACUGAAUAUUGCUCCCACAAUGCAGUGCGGCAGAACUCUCUCUGAGAUUUAAGCCCCUCUGUGGAGCACUGGCAUAGGAGAUAAUCAGAUGUUCAAUUUCUCUCUGUGUAAAAAAAAAUGGUUUUAAGAGUUGUAUUAUAUAUUUUUUUUAUCGUGCAGUCUUUAUGCGGAAAGCUUUAUAAGAAAAAAAUAUCUUUUUAAAUGGAUCACCUUGUGGUGCGGAUAGUGUUUUUAUUAGCCUGUGUGUGCGUAGAUGCCUGUGUGAAGUACUUGUGGAAAAAACAAAAAAGAGUGUGUGCUGUUGAAUUUAAGUGUGCGUUUGGGUGGAUUGCACGUGUGCGAAUGUGUGAAAUUGUGCGUGCACACACGGGAUGCCUACUGUCAGGCGUGAGGGUGACAGGACGCCUGCUUUGUCGUUUUAAUUCCCCCAUACUCAGUAACACACUGGAGCCUGUGCUCUCAAUGAGCUUUAUGACAGAGACCAAAGGGUCCUCAAAAGGACGCUGGUUAAUCUAGCAAUGUACAGGCUCAUAUGAAUGACAGGUCACCAGGCGUUUCAGAAACAUUUGAGUUAUAUUGUUUUUCUUUUGACUCGGAUUUGGUUCCGGCUGGAUUGCCUGUUGUGCUCGUGGAAAUCGAUAAUAGCACAGUCUGUCUCCCUUUAUUGUACAGUGCCAUGAAACAUUCCACUUCAACUAAAGCACAGAAGGACAUUUAAUAUGUUUUAAAGAUAUUAUAGUUAAAGACUGUGUUUAAGUUUUUUUUCCUUUGCUCUAUUGUUUUAUUUUUAUAUACAUAUAUGUAUCAGCAAGAAGCAACCAUUUUUCCUGCCACAGAUCCGUGUCACUCAUAUUAGCCCUGCAAUAAUGUCAGUAUACCAUGAGCCACAAUCAACAGUUGCAUUUGCUUACUAAAGUAGCAGUUCAGCAAUAUGUUAGAAGACUAUUCAAAUUGUUUUAUGCAUUGCUCAUGUUUAUGAUUUUUGUACCAUAUUUUUAGUAUUACCCUUGUAAUGUUCCAAAUAGUCAUCAAGAAUUCUGCCUCUACAGCUAUGAAAUAGCCUGUCGCUGAUGUUAAUAAUUUAGAUGAGAUUCAGUCGGUACUUAAAUGGCAUGCUCUGAACAAUUAUCGUGGAUUUAGCCUCUGUAUGAUGUCGGGGGAGGGAGGGGGGGUGUUUGGUUCAGUCGUGUACAUAAUUGUUUUAUUAAUUGGGUUAUUGAUAUGUCAGUGUCAGAACCGAGGUGUCGCCAGGGUAGGUUGGUUAUUUCUUGGGCCAUUAGACGCCGUCCCUAAAUUGUAGGCCUUGCUGUUGACAGAUGAUUUAAUUGUACUCGCUGUAUCUGAUCAUGGGUGUGUGGAUUUGACGGCGCAUGACGCUCUCCACAGCCCCAAGAAUGUUAACGAUUCCUGCCUUCGCUAGAGAGAGGUGUGCACAGACCUCGAGCUUGCCUGCCUGCUGUCUCAGCAUGGCACCCUGGCAUCCCGACCAACAGCACUUGGCACUGCCCACUCAGCGCAGUGCAGAGUGGCACUCUGUAUAAUGGAAUCAGCAGGGGAGGCUUUUGAUCUUAAUUGCAUGCCGACUGCAGGCUCCAUCCUUGUCUCCGGUGUUGUUUACUGCUGAGUCCUUUCUUACUGACAGAGUUGAUGCAAGAAGCUUCUUUCAGAGCCUUUCUUUCACCAAAAAUGUGCCUUAUAUAGGAUAUUACAUAUAUUGUUUCUAAAUUAUUCUACUGGUAACCUAGGUGACUAUGAUGAUGAUAGUGAUAUAGACACAGCAAUGUAUUUGGACUUGUGAUCUUAUGUGUGCUGUCUCAAAUGCUAGAUGCCCUGCUGCAGCCAUUUGCGUGCCAAUAGGCUGAAGAUGUUUCAGUAAGAUUUCUUUUAUGGUUGCAAUUUUGAUGUGUGCAUUUCCUUUGGGUGUCUGUGGUGUGUGCUUAGUAGGACUUUGGUGGGUAAGGCAAAAAAAAAUAAAAAAAAAAAGCCAAACUGAUUAAAUGUAAAACAGUGGCCAAUGUGAUUUGGGUUUCCCUUGAAAAUGUCUGGCAUUUCUAAAUUAGUCUGAAGCCAAAAGGUUAUCCUUAUGUAGAUGGAUAUGCGCAAAAUUGUUCCAGUUGUGUUCAUUUUUUGCCCUGUGUUUCUCAGCUAUUCCACAGUGUGUACGAUAAAUGACUAUCUAUACUCGACAAAUGACCUUUCUUACUGCUGUGCAGUUAUUAUUUUUAUUUCUCGUUUCCUAUAUCAUAUAAAUCUUUGUAAAACGCGUUGAAAUACUGUAUUCUAACUGUAUAAUCCUAUGCAUUGAGUCCUGGGACAAAAAUAACAAAAGUGAAAAAAAACAAACUGUUUGUGCAGUUGUCGAGACCUUUUUUUUUUUCCAUUUUGAAACUUGUGAAUGUGCUGUGAUGAUAAAAGAAACUGGGACGCUCCAUUUUCAGUACAGGACGAUUAACGGAAGCAAACGUUUUCCUUCACAUCCGAGGCAGCUCAGAAGAUUCUUGAUCUUGUACCUGAUCUGGUUGUACUGGAUGAACUUAAUUUUACAAAAGUUGUGUGUGGACGGAGGGUUACAGGUUUCAUCAUACACUCCUCCGUUAAUAAACUCAGAGACAUAUA